GUCUCCCUGUCCCCGUCAUGCUGCCCAAAGUGGAGUCCGAAGCUUUAGGACUGUCCCGGUCACACGGGGAGCACGGACAGAUGCCGGAGAAUAUGCAAGUGUCACAAUUUAAAAUGAUGGGUUAUUCCUACGAUGAUGACCUGGAGGAGAUGUGUCCAGUCUGCGGGGACAAAGUAUCUGGAUAUCAUUAUGGACUGCUGACCUGCGAGAGUUGCAAGGGCUUUUUCAAACGGACAGUGCAGAACAAUAAAAGAUAUACUUGCAUUGAAAACCAGACCUGUCAGAUUGAUAAGACCCAGCGGAAGAGGUGCCCAUACUGCCGGUUUCAGAAGUGUCUCACUGUGGGGAUGAAGUUAGAAGCUGUAAGGGCAGACCGGAUGCGAGGAGGAAGAAACAAAUUUGGGCCAAUGUAUAAACGGGACCGAGCUCUUAAACAACAGAAAAAAGCUUUAAUUCGAGCAAAUGGACUCAAACUAGAAGCUAUGAGUCAGGUUAUCCAAGCCAUUCCCACCGAUCUCACUAUCUCAUCAGCUAUCCAAAAUAUCCACUCUGCAUCCAAGGGUCUACCUCUGAACCAUACCGCCCUUCCCUCAACAGACUACGACAGAAGUCCCUUUGUAACUUCACCCAUUAGCAUGGCUAUGCCACCUCACGGUAGCCUGCAGAGUUAUCAAGCCUAUGGUCACUUCCCAAGUCGAGCUAUCAAAUCGGAGUACCCGGAUCCUUACACCAGUUCUCCAGAGUCUAUCAUGGGAUACUCUUAUAUGGACAGUUAUCAGUCCAGUUCCCCCUCCAACAUCCCACACCUCAUAGUGGAACUCUUGAAAUGUGAGCCAGAUGAACCUCAAGUCCAAAGCAAGAUCAUGUCAUAUUUGCAGCAGGAGCAGGCCAACCGGAGCAAACAUGAUAAACUUAACACCUUUGGACUAAUGUGCAAAAUGGCCGACCAGACGUUGUUUUCCAUUGUUGAAUGGGCAAGGAGUAGCAUAUUCUUCAGAGAGCUAAAGGUAGAUGAUCAAAUGAAGCUUUUACAGAAUUGUUGGAGUGAGCUACUAAUUCUGGACCACAUAUUCCGACAAGUUCUACAUGGGAAGGAAGGCUCCAUACUUCUUGUUACGGGACAGCAGGUGGAUUUCUCAGUCAUUAUGUCUCAGGCUGGCACAACGCUAAACAACCUCAUGAGCCAUGCACAGGAACUAGUGGCCAAGCUACGAUCGCUGCAGUUCGAUCUGAGAGAGUUUGUGUGUCUAAAAUUCUUGGUGCUCUUCAGUCUUGAUGUGAAGAACUUGGAGAAUUUCCAGUUGAUAGAGGGAGUUCAGGAACAAGUAAAUGCUGCUCUUCUGGACUACACCCUAUGUAACUACCCCCAGCAAACAGACAAAUUUGGCCAAUUGUUGCUACGGCUUCCAGAAAUUCGGGCUAUUAGUUUGCAGGCAGAAGAAUAUCUAUAUUACAAACAUCUCAAUGGUGACGUGCCAUGUAACAAUCUCCUAAUCGAAAUGCUUCAUGCAAAGAGGGCCUGACCUUUUUUUUCUCUUCAGUGGAACUGUGCACAGUCAAAGACUAUUUAAACUCAAAAAAACAUUUGAAGUCCAAAAACUAUAAUAAUCACAAAAUUCUUAAUAGUCAAUUUGUGAUGCAUCAGGGUAUUUGUAUUUCAAACUGUGAAUGACAAUAUAUAUCCCACGAAGGAUUCUGCACAGGAAAUUCUGCCUGAAUUCAAGCAUAGUCACGUGGUCGUCCUUUGCUGUGUAUCCUGAAGUGGG